AUAUACCAAACUUUAAUUUCCAUUCUUUAGUAUAACUAAUAAGACAUUAUAAAAACCAAAAGCGGGCUUUCUCUUCUGGGUUAAAUUUCUUCUUUCCAAAUUCUCUUUGCCUUCCAUUUUUUUUUUUUCUUUCAUCUCUCUGAAAUUAGCAAUACCCACAUAAAGAUGAGGGCUUUCUCUCUCUGCAAUUUGAGUACUCACACAAGGGGUCACAAUUCAUUAAUUGUACUGCUAUCUUUGAUAAUUCUCUUCAAUUUCUUUGUGUACCAUGAGAAAAACUUUAAACUUCAGGGACCUUACACUGUAGACUCACCUGUGGCAGAGGAGGAAGUCGUACUGCCAGCAGAAGGCUGUGAUCUCUUCACAGGAAAAUGGGUUUUUGAUAACACAACUCACCCUCUGUACAAAGAGGAAGAAUGUCAGUUUCUCUCUCAGCAAGUGUCUUGUAUUAGUAAUGGAAGAAAAGAUUCUAUGUAUCGGAACUGGAGAUGGCAACCUAGAGGCUGUUCUUUGCCCAAGUUCAAGGCAAAGUUGUUGCUUGAGAAACUGAAAGGAAAGAGGCUUAUGUUUGUUGGAGAUUCACUAAAUAGGAACCAGUGGGAAUCCAUGGUUUGUCUGGUUCAAUCUGCUUCUUCAGGCAAGAAGAGCUUGAGUGAAUCCGGCUCUCUAACUAUCUUCAAAAUUGAGGACUACAACUCUACCGUGGAGUUCUAUUGGGCACCGUUUUUGGUCGAGUCAAAUUCUGAUAAUCCAAGAAUGCACAGCAUAUUGGACCGUAUAAUUAUGCCGGAGUCGAUCAAGAAGCAUGGAGAUAACUGGAAAGGAGUAGACUUUCUGGUCUUCAACUCCUACAUAUGGUGGAUGAACACUCCCAAUAUGAAAGUCUUGCAAGGAUCGUUUGGUGAAGGAGCAAAAAACUAUGACGAAGUAGAAAGGUCAAUAGCUUAUGGAAGAAUUUUGAGGACAUGGGCUAACUGGGUUGAUGCCAAUGUGAAUCCCAAGUUCACUUCUGUCUACUUCUCCAGUAUUUCCCCUCUUCAUAUCAAGAGCCUCGAUUGGAACAACCCUGAUGGGAUUAAGUGCGCUAAGGAAACAAGUCCAGUGCUCAACAUGUCCACACCGCUCAAUGUGGGCACAGACCGCCGACUCAUGGUGGCUGCAACAAAUGUAAUUCAAUCAAUGAAAGUUCCCGUCUAUUUCCUUAACAUAACCACCCUCUCAGAGUACAGAAAAGAUGCGCACACCUCAAUCUACACCACUCGUCAAGGCAAGUUGUUGACUCUGGAGCAACAAGCCAAUCCAGCAAUUUAUGCUGAUUGUAUCCAUUGGUGUCUACCUGGAUUACCUGAUACUUGGAAUGAGUUCCUCUACACACAUAUCAUUUCUCACUCUUGACUAUUAAACAUUUUUUUUCCUUGUUCCUCAUAAGGUGACCAUUGAUGAUAUAGAAGAAUUCGAAUAGGUUUUAUUGAUUCAGUUUUUUUUCAAGCACAUAUAUGCAGAAAUUGAAAAGUUCAUAGAGGAUGGACGUUGUAUCAAAGUUAUAGGAGUAACAUUCUUACAAUUGAUGGGUUCGACGACAAAAUGUUGUUCGAG